AUGGAAUCGUGCAAUACCCAGCUGAGAAAUUUAUUUGACAUGUGCUACGAUUAUCGACAAAGUCAAUGCAUUUUAAUGAUGGGACAAAGAGGAAACUACAACGACAAAAUUAUUGAUAAGGCCUUACUCCCCCUUCCGUGAGUAAACAAAACCCAUUAGAAAAAUCACUGUUUUUUGGCCAAAAACCUACCCUCCGUGAGUGAACAAAAUUUUUUUUAAUAGAAAAAUUUUUUGAUAUAUAAAUGAUAAUUAGUAUUACGAAAUCUAGAGUUAAUUCUGUUUAAUUUUAAACGAAUUGCUUUUUAAACAUAAAAAUUUUUAUAAAUUAAAUUAAUAUUUGCUUUCCAGUUUUUGCGAAUUAGGAUUUUUUUAAAUUUCGAAAAAAAAUAUUUUUUAUAAAAUUUAACACCCCUCCGUGAGUGAACAAAAUUUUUUUUGUUCACUCACGGAGAGGGGGAGUUAGAAAACAAGCAUAAACCUAUCAUAAUUAAAAUUAGCGGAAUAUUAGCAUCAGAUGAUGUCUCAGCUUUCCAAACCAUAGUAUGAGGAAUCAGUCAAAAGAAAGGCCUUGAAUAUAAAGAAACCUCAAUCCAAUACAGCUUGGAAUUUCUUAAAGAAAAUUUAUCACCUAGUGAUAAAAUUUUGAUUAUUAUCAAAGACAUAGAAGAAUUCGCACACAAAACAAUCAAGCAGGUAUUUCUUUAUACUUUAUUUGAGCUUAUCCAUACUGAGAUAUGCAUGCUGUGCAUUUUAGGAAUCACUCCUAAUCUAAAUUUUGUUGAAAUGUUGGAAAAAAGAAUUAGGUCAAGGCUUUCAUGCCAAAUCGUGCUUGUCUCCCCUGCAGCAGUAGAAGAUGAGGCUAAUCAGUUUGCAAAAGACUUAGGCAGAAUGACUGUAGAAAGCCGAGAAGAUAAAAAAUUAGCGAAUAUAAAACAACUUAAGCCAAUUGAAUUGAUGGUUUUCGCAUGCUUUUUAAAAGUGAUUGAAAGAAACAAUCCUUUGACUUUGCAUUCUGCAUAUGGAGAAUUCUUGAAGUUUAUGCUAAAAAGACCUGUAAUUCUUUAUAAUCUUGACAAAUUUACGUUUAAAAUGAUUAGCAAACGUCUUCAGAAGUUGAAACUUUUUACCAUUAAGAAAAAGUGUACGAUUUUAAGCUACUCAGAGCUAACUGCGACGUUUGAUGUAGAAACUGUAAUAGGGGCUAUAAGAGAUCAGAAUAUUGAGCUGUCUACUGCUGCUCAUGAGUGGUUUAAUAAUUAA